UCUGCGUGGCCUCUUAUGGCUGACAGCAACACAGUGACAACAACUGUCCCCGUCCUCGUCAACGUCACUGGCAACCUCACCACGCCCACCGCUGUCCAGGUAGCCACAGUGGUCAGCUGGUUGACGUUCAGCAUUGGGUUGCCCGCCAUCGCCCUGGCUAUUUACACCCUCAAGAACCUGUCCAAAGGUGAGAACAAAGUUCCCAUGCACGUCAUGUUCCUCCUCGUCUCUGACAUCAUCAGUUUCUUUGGUCGUCCCCGUGGCACUGUCUCGUCCACCAGCACCACUGAUUUCAUCUUCUAUUUUGGUGUCAUUUCCAACAUCACCUUAAUGCUUUUCAUAGCUCAGGAGCGCCAUCUCCUGGUGGCCUACCCUCAGUGUCUUGGCUGCUGCAGCAGUAUCAGGCACUCUCCUGCGGUCGCCUUGCUGGCCUGGGCUGCCCCGUUUGGCGUCCUGGCCCUGGCUGUGCUGCAGUACAACUUCUGGUUCGCCGUGUCCCUGCUGACUCCUUUCCCCUUCCUCCUCUUCUUUGCUGUGGACUCAUGGAGGGCCCUGAUCUGCUCCCGAUCUAACCCCUCGACCCCUGAGAGGAGGAGAGCUGUGUGGGGGAUUGGUGCGAUAUGGGCCAACUACACCCUCCUCUACGUCCCCUUCAUCCUCAGCAUCCUCUUGGAGGCUCUGUCCUACAAGGAGACGGUGACAUACCUGGGCCUGGUGUCUCACCUGCUGCUCUACCUCAGCCCUCUGGUGGACCCUUUUCUCUACAUAUUCAUGACCAAAGGGCUCAAAGAGGUGCUGCAGGCACUACCCUUCUGUCAAAGCCAUAGUAAGAAAGAGAACAUGAGACCCACUGUGGAAACUGUGGCUGAGACAGUGGAGACAAGACUUUGA